AAAAAAUCCUAUAAUAUAAAACUUUGCCCAACAGAAGUUUUAUAAUGGUCUCCUCUUUAUAGAUGGUAAAAGUCUUUGGACUCAUGAAGGUACUGUAGUUACAUCAUAGAAGUAAAUUCUUUCACGGUAGCACUAGCUGAUAUCAAAGUGGGCAUGAAAGUAAAUUCUUUCAUUAGUUGGGAUAUAUGACAUUCAAGCACACAUCAUGCGUUGACAGACAGGAACUUUAUUCCGGUACAUUGCCUACGUACUAAUGCAAAGAUUUUCUACUUCCAGACCCAGUUUAUCACGUUGACUACGAUGAUGUUCUUCAUAAUUGUACUUCCUGCUGCCAAUAGUCUUUAUGGCAGGUUGGUGGAAAUGAACUAACUUUAUUUAUACUGGAUAUUUUUUAUCAGUUCUAAAACUAAACUGUUCUCUCUGGAGGGCCAGUAAGGAUCAUCUCUUAUUGAUCCAGUGUUACUACGGGAGGAAACCUAAACUAAACUAACUUUAUUUAUACUGGAUAACUCUAUCAGUUCUAAACUGUUCUCUCUGGAGGUCCAUAAGUUCUAAACUGUUCUUCCUGGAGGUCUAGUAAUGAUCAUCUCUUACUGAUUCAGUGUUACUACAGGAAGAAACCGGAGUACCCCACUAGAAAACCUGUUUACCCGUGUUUGGUAGAGUCAAACUGGAAGCACUCUUCUCACAUGCGACUGAAGUUCCGUUUUCUAAUUUUCUCUGGGUUGUUUCUGUUUAGAGGUGUAAGUUUGACGGCUACGGUCAUCGUUCUUGUCUUAGUGAGUAGAAUUUGUGCGGGAUGCUGUUUUACUGGACAAUUCAUCAUGAUUGGUAAUUGUGUACCCUCGCAUUUAAGAGCGACUGUUCACGGGUUGUCUAUGAGUGCGUCCUGUGCUGCUAGGUUAGUAUGGUUGCAAGUAUCUGCCUUUAUUGGAUAGCUUUAUCAGUUCUAAACUGUUCUCCUUAGAGGUCCAGUAAGAGUCAUGUCUUAUUGAUCCA